GGGAGUAUGAUAGUCUGCAGCUACUCAGCUACAUGCCACGGGAGUUAAGUAUUUCUCCUGAUAUUUUCCCCGGAGAUGAGCUGGGCUGGGCUGGGCUACCGUCUAAUUAUCUGCGCGGUGCUCGCCGACGAUUGAUCUUCCUGAACUUCUUGUUGCAUGGUCACUUAUCUUAUUAUCGUCAUCCUGAUCACAUCAAAGUCUUGUCUAAUCUUCCUGACGUUCGCGAGGAAAUACUCAAAGACAAUGCCAAACGGAUUAUUAUCCGAGCAAAGACAGAAAGCCUGUACUCCGAAGACUGUCGUGCCACCGCAUACAGAAUUGUCAGUGAGAUUUUCCCUGGCUGGGAACAGGACAGCCGGAUCCUUUUCCUUGCUAUCGAAGUUUGGCACAAUCGGAUUUUUAUAAACAUCGAUGUCAACCGUGAUAAUUACAACUACGAUACAGCGCACAAAGACAAGACGAUCCUUCCUGUCUAUGUGCUUCGAAGACAUAGGGGAAACUGGGUCCUUUUGCGAUGGCCCAAAGAGGAUGGGCCUGUUGCUGCACAAUUAGCGGAAGUUUACCGUGUUACUGGAUAUGGUGCUAAGACCCCGUUCUUUGAGAACCACAACUCACGUAUUGUUCAUGCCAAUCCACGUGAAUUUCUCAAGUGAUGGUUCGCUUUCCACAUGUUCGCUUCGUUAAAUCAGCUGGCUGGCAAAUAUUAACUCUUAUGAAGGAAAAAUAUUUGGACCAAGCCUUUUCCGGAAGACUGGAUGAAUCGUGAGCCAGGCAAUCACUGAGUAGCUCUCCUUCUAAAAAGACAAGAUUAGAAAGGCCAACCUAGUCUUAUCGAUGUUAUCUUUGUAUUUCGAGGAUACGAUUGAUGAUUCUCACUAGUUGCCAAGAUUCAAGGAUUGUUUCUUUCCAUUAGGGUCCUGCCAACAGUACCAAU